ACCGGUCCAGCGCAGCUCCUACGCCCGCGAGCACCCCUGCGCGUUCCUCCAUGUAUCUGGUUGCUAGACGACUGUGGCAUGCACGCGGAGACUAGGGAAGAAGCACAACAACACAUCAUUAACACAACAUGAAAGACCUAGCGGAAAGCGGACCAACCGACUAGAACCGUAUUUUCAGCAGCAACUGGAUGCGUUCUGGAAGCUUCGUAGUGCGCGGCGGGACCCGUGUAUAGCGGGGGUACUCUUGUCCCAGCACACAGCACAGAUGCACACCUUUUUCCGUACACUACGACUGGCUAGCCCUUUUAUUUGUGAGCUUAAGGAGUCACGUUAAACGUUAUAACGGUUGGGUAUUGUGGCUGGAACAUGAUGCAACGUCGAGAGGAGUUUAAAGGACAAGAUCUCCCGGAGACCCCGCGCCCUGCCCACGGAGAGCGUUUACAUGAACGUUUUUUUUUUACGGUUUCCGUUUAACCACCAGUAACCACCAGUAUGAUGUCGUUAGAAGCCAGAGACGUCCAGACGGAUGAGGACUUCGAGGAUGUGGUUGAGGAUGUGCUCUCUCUAACAACUUACAUGUCCGAUACAGAGAAAAAAGCUGUGAAGAGAAGGAUUUCCAACAAACCCCCUUCCUCUCCCAGGUCUCCAUACCUCUCCAGUCUCAGUCUCACCCCCAGAAGAUCGUCUCUGCCUCCCAGGGGCUCCCUGAGGGGGGAGGUGGGGGAGGCCCGCAGGGGGGCACUCUCCUCCAGACACACCUGGCUCAACGGACAAGGAUCAGAGUGCGAUGGAGCCCCUGAGAACACCAAGCUGAAGAAACACCAGCCCCCACGCUCUGCAUCCAACGGUGUUCCUGAACAUAGAGACAAGGAGGACAUGUAUGAUGAGAUCCUUCACCUCAAGAAGAGCCUGCAGACUCAGAAGCUGGACAAGGAAAAGAUGAAGGCUCGGCUGCAGCGCCUUGAGGAGGUCAAGACCAAGAGAGAGAAACAGAUAGAGGAGCUGUUGGACCCUACCAAGGGGUCUGAGUACACACGCAGCCUCGUAGACAGCAAGAGUGGAGGGAGCACGGUUGUAAGGGGACUAAAACAGCAGAUCCUGAGAUUGGAACAGCAGAGUAGAGAGAAGGAGGACACACUGACGACCCUGCAGAGCGAGCUAAGGACGACCAGCAUGGCUGAGAUGAAGAUCACCAUGGAGAUAUACUACGAGGAGAUCCAGAGGUUGAGGGUUCUGCUGGAGAACGCGGAGCGCAGCAGCCGUGUAGAGAGUAAAGGUUCUCAGAGGCAGAACAGGGUUCUGAGCUCCAGGGUUGUGUGUCUGUCAGAGAAGCUGCAGCAACUGCAACAGGAGAACCUCAGUCUGAGAGAGGAACUCAGCACUGACACUCCUGUUGGAGGAGCCCGAGGCUACAGAGAGUGGAGCAAACAGCGUCUGUUGAGAAGAUUGGUGGAGCAGGAGAAGAGGCUGGAGGAGGGUAGGAGACCCACCCCCUCCACGAGGAGGAGCCAAUCAGACCAGGCCAUCCAGACUGACCUGCCAAUCACGACCACAGAGGGGGAGGUUUCCAGGGUAACAGCACCACAGGAAGGGGAGGAGCUUGUCCUCCUCAGGGGGCGUAUCCUCCAGCUGGAGAAGGAAAAGGAGGAGCUUCAGGAGAGACUAACCAAUAGAGAGCAUUUGUUUUCAUCUCAAAUCCAACCAAAGAAGGAGAACCCUGAGGAACCCAAGGAGAGGAAAGAGGAGGAGAGAGAGGAGGAGAGAUGGAUGGAGGAGCAGAGAGAGGGGGAGAGAAGGAUGGAGGAGGAGAGGGUUGCCACGACGAUGGAUUCUGAUGAUUCUGAUGACAUCAUCGUUUCUCCCUCCCGCCCACUGAGACGACGAGAGGAGCUUCUGACUUAGCGUGUGUAUGUGUGAGACAGGGCGAUUCUAAUCGAAGAUUGGAUUUUGUACUCAUUCUUUGCCAAAGUGCCUGCCUGUGUGUGUUUGAAGAGUGUAUUAGCACAUGUGUGUUUGUGUGUGUACAUGUCUGUGUGUGUGUGUGUGUGUGUGUGGGUGUAUAUCUACGUGUACAUGUUAGACAUGAGCUGUGUGUGAUAGUCCUGUAGAAGCUAUUGUGCUAAUGCUACCAGCUGAUCUGAGAACUGUCACAUGACAUCACGAUCCACUAUUCUAGCCAAUAAGACCGAGAGACGGACCGGUAGCGAGAGACACGAGAGAGGACAGAAACGGAAAGGAAAUUGUUUUUAUCAGAUCGUGCCUUGAUUUGUGUGUUUUACAAAAUGUGAUUAACCAAUAAAAUC